AUGAUGCAACUUUUAAGUGAAGGCGAUGAAGCUUUGAGCUCAGCAGGUAAAUUAUGAAGAAUGAAAGAAAAAAAAUCAAUUAAAAGUUCUAUUUUCAAGCUUUUUAAGCUAAUUAAUUUUGAAGAAACUUCUGGCUUAAGGCAAAAAAUAAAAAUAACAGUUGAAAGCAUUAUUUGAUGCUUUCAAAUUUGAAGCUUGCUAUGAGUCUCAGAUCUUUCUAUCAAAAAUUGGCAUACAAAUAUGAUAAUAUGAGAAAUCAUCGGAUACUUAAAACUUGACAACACUUGCUCAAUGCUUGGGAUAAUAAAUGAAUGCUUUUAUCUGUCAGCUCUAUUAGCCUAUGCUAAUUUUCUUAGUAUAGCUAUUUUAGUUGUUACUAUUUAUUAUUCUUACCAUCUACCAAAGAUACUUCUAAGCAUAUUUUCAGCGACUUUUUAUUUUUGAUUAAAAUUUUUGCUUGUGCCCUCUAUUCAAAUAUGCUCCAUUUUUCUGAAGUAUAGCUUCCUGCCUCAAACUACAAUAUCAGAAUACGAAAAUCGCAAUGAGAUAGGAGAAUUCAUUAGGAGUUUCCCAUUGCAAAUUUGUACUAUUUUAGCAAUAGCAAUAACUUUUAUGUUAUCUUUCAUGCAAUUGGAAUUUUCAGGAGAAAUUAGACAUUCUGAAAAUAAGAUAAUAAGCGCAAAAGCACAUUCAAAAAUAGACAAGCACAUAAAAAUUUUUACUUUUAUUUUCCCUAUUGCUUAUGUGAUAUUUGCUGAAAAUUAUAUAAGACAUUUACAAAUUUUAGCACUUAUUUUUUCAAUACUUUUGAUAAGAGAAACUAUAGAUCUCCUGCCGUAUUUUUCCAUUUUUUGCAACUCAUUAAUAAUACUUCAGCUAUAUUUUAUUGGUUUUAUUUCUUCAAUAUUUAUUUUAGGAGACUUUAUGGAUAAUUCUAUGGUGAUAAUUAUGCUAGCAGUAAUUUUAGGUCCAUUAACAGCUAUUUUUAUAAUUCAAUUUUCCCUUAAACUUCAAAGAAACUUUUCUCAAACUAUUCCUACAGACUUAACAAAUAUAGAAUCUCAAUAUAUUUUAGAAAAAUCUCUUAGAUAUGCUCUAUGCUCAAAUGAUGCAGGACAUAAAGAUCAAAUAAUCAGCGCUUUUGAAAAUUUUUUUAUACAAAAAGGUUUUAAUGGGAAUAAGCUUCAAGCCAUAUGAGCAGCGAAUUACUGUUUAUAUACACUAAAAGAGGAAUCCUUAGCCAAAGUCAAGCUAAGCAAAACCAAACAUAUUGUAGACUGAAGCUUAGAGUCCAAUUAUCAAGAAUAUUUAUGCCAGAAAAAUAUAUCAAAUACUUGCCUAUCUGAAAGCUCACAAUUUUCUGAUUAUUUUCUUCAAAACAUUUUAGUUAAAAAUGAAGAAAAACAAUUAUGUAUAAAUUUACUUAUGUUUUGAAGCGAAAUUACUUCACUUCAGCCUAAUCUUCAAAAAUUAAAAAGAAAACUUUAUUCAAUUGAAGACGAAAUUUUAUUUUUAAACAUGAAAUACAGCCAGUUAAUUACCAAAUUCCCAAAUUCUAAAAGUAUAUUAUCUCUCUAUUAUUCAUAUUGCAGAGAUAUUAUUUAUAAUGCAGAAAAGUCAACUUUCCUUGAAACUAAGCUAAGAUCUAUUGAUAAAGAACUUACAAAUUUUUUGGGUGAUUCUAGUAAAAAAUUUAGUCUAUUUAAUGAAAAUGCUGGAAUCCUUAUAAUUUCUAAUGAGGAUAGUAAUUUUGGCGAAAUCCUAUAUGCAGACCAAAAAUCAGCAGAAUUUUUGAAUCUCCAACUUGGCAGCAUUAAAAAUGACAAUAUUUCAAAUUUUAUUCAUCCUUAUUAUAAAGAAAAAUUAAAGGAAGAUUUAAAACAGUUUAUCAAGUAUAGCUCAUCAUCAGAAAUGGAUUUAACUAAAGGAUUCUUUUUAACAAAAAAUGCACAUAAUUUAUUACAGCUCGAAGGGAAAAUACUACUUACCUCAAUAAAUGGCCUGCUUGUAGCUAUUCUGGCUUUUAAGCCAAAAAAUGUUAAACAAGAAAUAGCGCUAUUAAACGAGGAAGGAGAAAUCAUUUGCCACUCAAAUAAUUUUCCAAGGUAUGUAGGAAAAUCUGAAGGUUUAAUUGGAUUUGAUCUAAAAAAUUUAUUUUAUAAUUCAGAAGAUUUCAGAUUACAGCUGAACACUCCCUACCAUUUGUCAAGCUUAAAAAUAUUUUUGAUGCUCUCAUAUUCAGAAUUUUACAAAAUCAAAAUACCUUAUGUGGUCUUGGCAAAUGAUAGCCGAGAAAUAGUAAUGAGGGGGAAUAAUGGAAGCAAGCAAGGCAAUAAUGAAAAAAUUCAGGCAACAGCUAAUUAUUUGUCAGUGGGCUUAUUAGGAUCUAUAAACUCAGAUAAAACUAAUAGCUUACUUUAUAAAGAGAGCGAAAUUUUAGAUGACGAUUUAAAGUCAAAAAUGGAAGUGCACCGUUUUUCAAAUGACGACCCUAGCAAAAAUGCUGACUGAGGAUCUGAGAGGCGUGGUAGUGAAAAUUCUGUGGUAUCGAUAGGCACUCAUCAGAAGAAGGUUCUCUCCUUACUUCCUCCUUAAAGUAGCUUUGUUUGUUAACCAAAAUGCUUUUUAAAAGAUUUAUUUAUUUUUGAAAAAAAAUUCACCUAAAAAUCAUAUAGUGUCUUGCCUCUGGCAUGUGGAGAUAUUCUCCACAUGCGGGAAAUGCUUCCGUAUGUGAAAGAGAAAUAUAGUGGCUUCGCAUGUGGAAAUACUUCUGACAUGUGGAGGAUAUCUCCACAUGCCAGAGAGACCUCCCAAAUUUUGGCAAGGCGCUAUAUAUUUAAAAAUGAAAAUCAAAAUAAUAAUUUAGGAUCACAUUAAUACGAUUGUAACUUAGAUAUUAUGCUUUAGUUAUUAAUUAUAUAUUUUUUGAAUAAAAACUUAUUUUAAUAAUUUUUCUUGAAUGAUUUUGUCAAAGGGAGUUAAUAAAAUCUUCAUCAAGGUCUAUCAAUGUUCUCCACUUUGCUUUUGUUUUUUCAGUAACUGUUAUAUAGAUUAUAGCUGUUGUAGCUUUCAACAUCAUUGUUUUAAAUCAUGCUUUUUCCAAUAUAAAUUUUAUUAGUGACAUGAGCCUUCCUAUAAACAUAGGAAAAACAGCAAAAAAUUUGCAGAGAUUUACAUACGUUUCUAAUUUAUAUGUAAUUCUGCAAUACUCUUCUGAUAGCAUUACUUUAAAAAGAAUGUUUGAUGAUAUUGUGACUUGUUUAACAGAAUUAGAGAAUACUUAUUUAGAUAUAACCACAAAUUUAAAUAAAUGAAAUUAUUGUUCAGGUGAAGACAUUUUAACUGGCAAAAAUUUAUAUUUGUGGAAUAUAGAUGAUGGGAUUUAUAAAAAAUCAAGCUUAAUCGAAACUAUAGGGAUUUUUAUUAAAUUUGUAAAAUUUAUGCAGGGAAAUCAAAUAUUAAGCAAAAUAAACAGCUCAGAGGCUGCAAAGAUAGAUGAUUUUUCUUUUUGAUAUUAA